CUGCAUAUUAAAUUAUUCAAGAGACGGUAACGGUUUUUGGCACACCUAGCGCGAUCAUUGAUCCGGUCAACCUAAGCUCCUUUGGCUCGACGGCCCGAUCUCUUAGCUAGCUGCAGUCGCGAAAGAACACACCCGACUCGGCGCAGUUAUGGCAGGCGCCGAGAAAGGCCUGUCGGAGGAACAGAGUCCUUGUCCUAUCCAAGAGGCUGACCAGGCCGUUGACGAGUCCUCAGACGUCGACGGAGACUUUGCUUCGCUUCAAGAGAUGCUGUGCCAGAAGAGGAGGGCAGCCAAGGACAGCCCGGAAUCUCGCCUCCAGAAGGCACUCCCGUUCAUCUCAACCUUUUCACCCAAUAUCAGGCCGCUAACCAUCAACGACCUCCCAUCCUGUAUCGAGCUGGAAAAUGCUUCGUUCCCUAAGCCCGAACAUCGGGCGUCGCCCGAAAAGAUCGCUUACCGCCUCACCGUCUGCCCCGAGCUCAGUCUCGGCGUUUUCCUCACCGUCGUCCCAGACCGUGCCGCAAACCUCGGCCUCGAGACGCUGCCUACCUCCAAGCCGGUCGAGACGGGCCGCGCCGACGGCGCCGUGAGCGUCCUGCUCGCCCACGUCAUCUCGACACGAUGCCGCGGGGACGUCGUCACCGACGCCGACAUGGCGUACCCGAAGGAGUGGCGCAACCCCGCCGCACGCACCGUUGACAAGAGCGUCGGCCAUCAGGAGGCCGGGCGUACCGUCGGGUUGCACUCUCUCGCUGUGCUCCCGCGCCUACAGCGAUGUGGAAUCGGGCAAAUGAUUAUCAAAGCCUUUUUGGACCAGAUGAAGAAUUGCGGCCUGGUGGACCGGGUGGCACUGAUUUGUCAGGAUCACCUCGUGUCUUACUAUGAGCGGCUGGGGUUCACGCACCUCGGGCCGAGCAAGGCGCAGUUUGGAGGGGGCGGGUGGCAUGACAUGGUCUACGAUUUGCCACGCCAAACCAAGACGCCACUUUCCUAGAACGAGAGCACGGAAGCAAAGAAGCCCCGAAACAAACAAGGCGGGGUUCUGGGGACAUCGGCCCUGGUCAACCGAAUUCUGGAUCGGACGUACAUGAGCAGAUGAGAAGUUGAUUUCACCUCGGCCAACCGGCCGUGACUGGGAAUCUCGACGGCUAUGCGCUACCGCCGAAUUGAUUUCGUAGCCCUUGGGGGCCGCCGUCUCUGGGUGGUGGCGCCA